UUUUCCCUCACCUUAACAAACUCUUCUUUAUGUAUAUACUACAACUUACUUAUUUAACUUAUAUUUCUCCCCCAUUACUCAUUUUAUUCUUAAUAAACCAUAUCCCAUAUUCUUUAUUCAUUCAUUUCAUUUUCAUUUCAUUUCUUCCCCACCCACCCACAAAAAUAUCCCCUAAAUUUAAUUAAUGGAUGUUCUUGAGUUUCAAGAAUCAGAAGUAAUGUUCUCAGAUUACUCUUCAGAAUCUGAUCAUGAAAAAGAUGAUCAUGAUCAUCACUAUAAAUUCCAAUCAAAUAUGAUGCUCAAAAGGAGAAAGAGUCAUGAUAAAAAGAAGAUUAUAAGCUCAUCUUUACCCAUCCAUAUCCCUAUAGGAAAUGGAAAUAAUAAUUCUUUUUGGUAUGAUUGUGAUGAUCAAGUGAAAUCUAAACCCUUUGAUCAUGAUGAUGAUGAUGAUGAUGAGAUGAUGCGGUUACCUCCUCAUUUGAUUGUUGAGAGGAGAAGAGCUAGGAAAGAUAUGGCAAGGUCUUUUCCACUUAAAGGGAAAAACUUGUAUCAUAUUAGAAAUUGCACUUUUGUGAGGAAUGGAGUUGGACUUUGACCCUUACACUUCCUCGGUUUUAAAGAUAUAUUUCACCUUUUUAUUCAUAUGCAUAUACGUUAUUAAUUAAUCAAAUAUGAACAUAUCUUUAAACAGAGGGAGAACAUUAUAUAUGAUAUAUAUUGUUUGAUUUAUAUACUUGUGCAAUGAGUCGGAUACAAACUUAAAUUAGUCUGUGUGAAAUAAGUCAGGCUAAAUUAGGCUUGAUAGCAUUAAAACUUAGUUCGAUUGAACUCGAUAUAUUUAACCCGAUUGAAUUAAUUUUAACUAUGUCAUUCAAAGCAAUAUAAUGGCUUGAGUUUAUGACUAUGUCUAAGUAGUAACUAGGAUGAGUUUUGUUUUUUAUAUCUAGUUUGGCUUUUGAUCAUAUUAAUUCAUUAAAAAAAAUAUUUUGUUACAUUCUUUUUUGCUUAUGAUCUUUUUGGUUGGUUGGAAUUUUGAUUAGAAGCAAAGAGAUAUGUAUUGCAUAUAAAAUAGAAAUAUAAUAUUGUUAUGGGUUUUCGGCCUUGAUGGGGAUUUGCCUUGUAAAGAUGUACUUGUACAAUAGUGGAUAAACCAAAUAAAAUAAUACAAAUGGU